AUGUCUGUCACUGACAUCCCAAUCAAAAUUGGCAGAUCCGAAUCUCUGUAUCCUCGAAAAUACGUCGUCAUCAAGCCCGAAAAUCUAGACGAGGUUGCAGCAAGACUGUAUCGGUUUGACUUUCAAAACCGGAAGGUCCUCAGUCACGAGGCAUCCAGCGAAGAUAAAGUGGUGAUGUCCACGCCUACUCGUGUUAGCACCUUGAAGCGAUUCUGGCAUAAUGGCAUGAAUAUGGUGCGAUUCGGCUGUGAGGAACCGAAUCCAACGGAAGCCGAAUCGCUCAAUCGCUGGUAUACUUUACUAGAAAUGCUGUUUAGAGGCAGCAGUAUUCAGUUGAGUUCGGUCACGUAUGAAGAUAGCGUCUUGCAGCAAAAUCGCAACAUCAGAUCCAACGCCGGCAUACUGUCAGAACUCUGCAAAAGGUUCAAUCUGCUGGAAGAGGACCCCUACCAAGUCACGCCACUUAUCAUUGACGCCAUCGGUAAUUGCUAG